AGUAAAAGGCAUGCGAGGGAGUGAAUAGGACAGGACGCACCCAGACCCAGGUCCCGGUCCCAACUGAUUCGCUCAUAUCGUACCCGGUCCCUGCAAUCAUCUCCAGUGAUCUGUCUUCUCGUCAGGAGGUAAUUGUAGUGUUGCCGGCCCGGCCAUCUUCUCUGCCUCGUCUUGUUUCCCUGUCAAUCUAGCUUGCUGUAGCUGCCCACUGACUGUUCCAAGUUCAGUUCCGUUUCGUAAUGGAUUUGCACACGAUGCAUCUUUUGGUGUGUGAUUUCAUCAUGUAAAGGUACCAGCAGGAGGUCCGUCGGCAUGGAAGACUCGAACAUGUUCAUCCAGUGGGCCAUGGAGACUCUGCAGCACGAGCAUCACCCGGCGGUCGCCGCUGCCUACGCCGACGCCGGCCAGGUCUUCCCGUCACUUCAAGAGCUCCGCUGCUCAGAGCUACAGAACGGCACGGCCCCUGCCGCAGCACAGGCUGGCAACCGCCACCGCGCCACAGACAGCUGGAGCUCAGGCGACAGCGGCCGUGAGAACACGCCGGGCGCCGCGGUCGUGGAGAACGACGGCUGGUCGUCCAACUGCAGCGUCGGUAGCACAACCUACCCACCCGUGAGCUGGAACUUCACCUCCACCAUGGCGCAGCCGAGCAUUCACGACGAGGCCACGCCCACCGCUCGCGCACGACCGCUCGACGUGCCUGAGCCGGCGUACAGGUCGCCCGCCUCAAGGAAACGGUCCGCGAAGAGCGCCGCCAGUACGGGGACGGGGCACACGUCAUCACCGGAGCCGUUCGUGCAGGAACACGUCAUGGCUGAGAGGAAGCGCCGCGAGAAGAUCAACCGUCAAUUCAUCGAGCUCUCCACCGUCAUCCCCGGCCUCAAGAAGAUGGACAAGGCGACGAUCCUGUCCGACGCUGUGAGGUACGUCAAGGAGCAGCAGGAGAAGCUCAAGGAGCUCGAGGACCGCAACCUAAGGACCGUCGAACCGGUUGUGCUUGUCAAGAGGCCAUGCAUCGCCACAAAACCUGACGGCAUGGCAACGACCGGGAGCUCGCUGCCGGAGAUCGAGGCGAGGAUCUCGGACAGCACCGUCAUGGUGAAGAUCCAUUGCGAGGACGGCAAGGGGGUGCUUGCCAGGUUGCUCACUGAGGUCGAGGGUCUUCGCCUUAGCAUCACGCACACCAAUGCCAUCCCCUUCCCGGCUUGCACUGUGAACAUAACUAUCAUGGCAAAGAUGGACGAGGGUUUCAACAUCACAGCAGAUGACAUCUUAGGGAAGCUCGAUGCCUCGUUGCACUGACAUCAUAGCUGGCAAUGAUAAUGAUACAGCCGGAUCAAUAAACUUGAAGUCCGAUUCUCCCGCAGCUGACCUAAAGAUAAAAUGGAUUCGUGUUUUUUUCAUAAUAAUAAUAAUAAUAAAGUUAUUACUCUGUAGUUACUUUUUUCAAAAAGAGGCCACACCAUAAGAGAUGAAUGUACUACUUCCAGACAA